UUGGAUUCAAAUUGGAGGGAAAACCGCGCUCUCGCCAUCAUAGUCAUUCGUUCAACGAAUGAAAAACUGUCAGAACUUUAAAAGCCCUUGCAAGAGUAAGAUUAGUGACGCGCUCCAUUUAAGUCUCGUUUUGCGUUUUAAUAUAAAAAGUUAAUUACCGGCUAGUAAUUAGUGAAUCAGUGCAGAAUGUCUCAGCCAACAGUUGCGGCAUAUUUUAACACCAGAAAACGUGUGGCAGCGGAUGAACUGAAUGCGACUACCCGCAACAAGGUAUUGGUGUUGGAACACUCGACUUCUGGAGUAGGCUCGGAAAAUGGCCGGGUGUUGGACUCUCCGAGUCGAGUUGUCUUUGCCAAUACUAAAAAUUUUCUUUCCAAGAAUGUCAUCGCCGAUGGAAGCGAAUCGUGUUCCGUUGGAACACCGGAGAGGAAGAAGAUUACUCGGGCUACCCGGUCCAUCAAGCGGAUCGGUGCCGUCAAGGUGAACGAGAAGACGAAGGAGAUGCUAGAGCAGCCAAAAUUGGUGCGAUUUUUGAAGAUGGGAACUCUGUCCCCGAAGAAGGCAUGUACUGCUCCGAAACAGGCAAACACUCCUUCGAAGGCGGAAUUCUCCGCCAAGAAUAACACCAGCAAUGUUGAGAGAGGACUACACACACCGACGAAACAGGAGCCUUCGACGGUAAAUCCGGGUAGGGCAUCAAAUCCCAGCGUCGUCAGCAAACUGACCAUGGAGGAAACCAAAGGCAAGCUGAGCCGAAGUGUCCGACUGGCGGAAUUGAAGACAUCCUUGAACAAACUGCAGAGUGGAUUCGAUCGACUAGAUCGGCUGCAGAAGACCCGACAGGAGGACAACUGGAAGCCUCCGGUGCCACCGAGUCCGACCACAGCGGCUCGGAACUUGAAACAGUUCGAGAAGUUUGAGGUGGAGGUGCCAGUAAGCCCCCAAAAACCGUUCGCUUCUCCGAUCAAGACCCAACACCGCACUCCGACCAAAGCGAACCACAGUUCGCUGAUGUCCCCCCGGAAACAGCUUACUCCAAAACGUCUCACCAGUUUGAUGAGUCCUAUUAAGGAGCCCACUGCUACGCCCGUCACUGCCAGUCCAACUAAGGUACCAGCCUAUCAGCGUUUCCAGACGCUAGUUGAAUCCGGCACACCGUCCCUUCUGCUCCCGUACAAGUACCGCUCCCUGGCUGAGCUGUUCAAGUGCAUUGACACCGUGUGCGCCAUGUACUACAAUCGCAAGGAGCAGGUCACUUUCAAGAAACUGAAACCAGCGGUGCAGCGGAUGGCACGCAAGAAUUUGUACGAAACUCAUCUCGCUCAAAUCAAAACACUCUUCCCAGAUGCGUUCGAUUUCCGCCAGGAACUGACCAAGAAUUACGGCUCUGCAACAAAGCAUGAAACCUAUCAACUUGUCAUCAAACCUAACGUUGAGGAAAAAGAACUGCCGAAGUCGCUUGACGAAGACGCCAAUUUGAUCAGAAACGCUCAGAACCACUCCAUGAAUCCUCAGGUUAUGAUUGAACGUUUUCAAAAGUUCAACAGAAUUUUGCUUGCCAGAACCAAGGAAGCGCAUGAAAAGUUCCUACUACAAUUGGAUCCACCCGUAAUAAUCCCAAAGCACAAACUGAACCGUUGGCAUCCGGAGUUCAAUCUGGAAAGUUGCCCAGAUGUAGAACUGGGUGAGAUUGCACAACCGCCGAAUGUAGAACGUUUUUCCUCGGCAAAGGACGUUCUUUCGACCGCCAGAAACCUCUUCAACUGUGGCACGGCAAUGGACCGGGCACUGGAACGUCUGGAGGUGAAGAAGCGCGAAAAUGCAGCAGCCCAAGGAACCAUCACCGCUACAAACCAAACUCCAUCGAGCGCCAACAGCCAGGAAGACACCACCAAGAAAAAGACUGAAAACCCCUUCCAAUCCGCGUUGAAAAACGUCCCCCAGUCCCUGUUGGACAAAAUCCGUGCCAAACAGGCCGCCAAAGCACUAGACCAAAUGACCCGACGACCUUCGCAAGAAAAGGAAGCGAUCCAAUACUCGCGCCUGCCGGAGAUAGCACGCCACCUACGGAACGUCUUCGUAACCGAGAAGAAAAAUGUCCUUCCCCUAGAAACCACCCUGUUGAAGAUCGAAAACAGCUACCGCGGUCGGCUGUCGAUUAAGGAACUGGAAGAACACCUCAAGCUGAUUGUCGAGAUUGCACCCUGCUGGCUGUCGCUCGCCGAGGCCCGCAAAACCAUGUAUGUGAAAAUUGUAAAAGACUGCGACCUGACCAAGGUUAUUGACCUGCUGGAGAAGAGGGCCAGCGACAAGCUCAAAUGUUAGGCUGCUUUUAUUUGUCAUUGUCUGUUUUAUUAGGUUACAUUUUACACGAUCGUAAUUCAAAUUCUACUCCAUAUUUACGGCUUCAUUCAGAUCAACUCACUAUCCAUUGCUUUUAUUUUAAUUAAAAAUAGUUCCUUUCGUUCGCAACUAGAUUAUAGAAUUUACAUUAUAGUGUGUUCGUGUGUUUCAAAUGAUAUAUUAAUUCAAGGGACAUAGAUAAAUGACGUAGCAUAUUUUUGAACCCCCCUCGUAGCGUAUUGUGCUAUACUUAAUACAUGGCCGGGCACAACUUCUGUAGACCCCUCUAAAAUGCUACGUCAUUUGUGGAUCGCCCCUGACUAUACGCUACUUUGACCAAACUUUCUUUUUCUUUAGAAUUAUAUAUGAAAUUCCCUAUAAGGAUUAUUACUUUUAUUCGUUCUUUUACUUGUCUAGCAUAAAUCUGUUUUCCCAAUUGUUACACUAC